UUUUUCCCUCACUGUAUACACACAAUAGCCAUAAUGACUGAUAAAGAAAAUAAGUGAUAAAGAAAAUACAUUUGUUAGAUCUUGUCUGGAUAUGAAUCCAUUACUUAUAGCUAUGUUUAUAAUGUGAUCAUAGGCAGAUUUUGUUAUUAAUUUUAUGUGUAAAUUAAAUUCAAAUCAGAAUUCAUUAUUAUCCCAAAGUUGGAAAUAUAACCUCUGAAACAGUGACAUAAAAGUCAUAAAUGCUUAUCCGUCUAACCUAAUGGUGGACAUCUAUAGUGCUGCAGGCACUUUUUAUGUCAAACUAAAUUGAAUUUAGUUGAUCCUUGAAGGCUUUUGUGCUUGUGGGCGGGUUUUGAGUGGUCAUUAAAUUAGAAAUUUUAACCACACCUGGCAACCCUGACUAUACAGCAGUUUUUUUGUGCACUCAAGAGAAGACUUAGGAUACUGGAAAAUGUGUUAAGUUUAGCAAAAUAUUAGCGACGGCAGAGAACGUUUGUCUGAAUAUCAACAUCAUAUCUGCAAUGUUUUGGAUUUACAUUUCAUAUGUUUCUUUCUUCAUCGCAUUUAUUCAUGGAAUCCGACCACAAAUUGUGACUGUGGACCAUAUACCUGAGAUUCUGCCCCACAAGGCUAGUGGCCGAGUUACCAGCACCACUAUGGUGUUGGGCCAGCCUCUGUGCUACUUCAACACACUGACUCAGCUGAAAUGCAGCCAAAGCACUUGCCAAGUGUGGGCUGUCAUUGCCUCGGGACCUGGUGUCACCAACUUUGAUGCAGACAAGCUGGAUACAGCAUUACAGAUCCUCAAUGCCUCUCCAUAUCCUACUGCAUUCAGCAGUCAGACUAAUAAAAUGUACUAUGUCACCAAACUGGGGCGCCCCAAUGACUUCCCUUGUGGCCAGUUGCCUGGCAUCAGGUACUUUAAAGUUGGGGCAGAGAACAACUGCACCACCAACAACUGCAAUGGAAUCCUACCUCCAGGGUCCACAAUCAGGUUGAAAUACCUCCUCAUUGAUCCUGUCACCAGAGAAGUGGUCUCAGAAUCUAAAUGGUCAUACCCCAUAGUUCUAACAACAAUGAGAUCCUGGUCCUCAAUAGAUGAGAGUAUAGGGAAUCGCUCUGGGGGAAUGGUGGUCAUCACAGUCAUCUCCACCUGCCUGCUGGCUGUUCUACUGCUACUAGUGGGAGUGGUGCUGCUACUGGACUGUUUGGGUUCAUUCCGUGGCGGCCAUGAAAUCAGCACUGGAAUUGGAUACUUGGACAGCAUUUAUACAAAUAUCCUUUAUUAUUAAUUAGGCCACUCCAGUCCAUCUCACGAAUACAGUGGGUAACCAUUGUGCACACAGCAAAUCAAAUCACACAGCAUUAGCUUAAAAUAGAAAGAUCAAAGUUUUAAUGAUCUAGUGCUAUUUAUAUACUGUAGAUGUCAAACUAAGCAACACUGCAAAAUAUACGUAAAUAUGCCUAUGGAAUCCUACAUUGUCAAUGGCCAGUUAAAACAUAAUAUUGUUAGUGUAGUCCCUUUUCAUCUUUGCUAUGACUAUAGAUUUGGGUUUUCUUUGUUGUGAUGUAAAAGCUCUCCUGGCCUAAAGUAGAUCAAACAUUCAUAUGUAUGUAACAUUUAUAGUAUGGCUUGUAACUGUGUAUAUGGGUCAUUCCAGAAUUGGAGGACAAUUUAAGAAUCAACACUUCAACCCUAUAUUUCACAAUUUUCUGUUAUGUAUUUAGGAAAAACUGGUAAUAAACCAUCAAAAAAAUAUAUUUGUCCAGCUCAGGCAUCAAAAGUACACUUUUUAUGAGCUGUUUUAUUUGUCAUGGGGUAUGCUUGGUACAACCCUUGUGGGCGACAAUCUGAGAGUCACAGAAAUUGUCGGCCGAGAGGCUGAGCAGGGAAAACUAAAUUGUCAGACGCGCUUCAAUGAUGACAAAUCCGAAGACUGCAUUUUGUCGUUUUAUUAUCAUGAGAAGCAAACAAGGUCAUGUAUUGCAACAUUCUAUAAUUGUUUCUCAGACAUUCGAUUUGAUAGUACAGUGUUUAGAUAGCGGUCAACAAAAAUAUGACCUCCCCCAUCACCCACUAUCUCCCCUCUAAAACCACGCAGGUGAAUAGCUAAUAAACUCUACUUCCUCCACCACCACCAGGUGCAUUGAUUACCGUAAAUAACCAAAAAGGGUGUUCAGAAUAAUAAAAACAUACCCAGCUGUUACGAAUUCUCAAGAACCUGAAAAAAGCAUAUUUAUUUAAUAAAUACUUUACUAUUAAGUAAAGAAAGACAUUGAAUACUCAUUUAAUUUCAGAUACAGUUGUGCUCAUAAGUUUGAAUAUCCUGGCAUAAAUUGUGAAAUUUUGGCAUUGAUUUUGAAAAUAUG